AAAAAAAUCUGUCACCUGUCAAAUUCAUGUGUUUCUAACCUAACAUUUUCAUUUCAAUUAAAACCAUCAAUUAUUUAAAGAUUUUAACAAAUAAAUAAAAUGUUCGGGUUAAGAACUCGUACGUUAGCGUUUCUAAGAACAGUUAAAGAUCAUAAAGAAGCUGCACAAAAAACGGCUAAUAAUGUAGCGGCUAAAAUAGACGCAAAGGUUAAAGGAACCAUACUAGAAAAAUGGAUAGCCUAUUGGAAAAAUGUGUAUAAAGAUUACAAAGAUGUAGCGGUGGACGUGACGACUGAUUUGCGACAAAAACCGAUGAAAGCCUUUGGUAUAUUUACUGGAAUUGGACUAGCUACUUUCUGUGCAAAAAUGAAUCCGGACGCUACACAUUUUCGAAAUGAUUAUUUAAAAGCAUGUAAUGAUUUGAUAUUGGUACAUACAAGUUUGCAGAAACAAGUGUCGGCAGAUCAUUUAAAAUUUAUAGAACAUUGUUAUAAUAUUAAGGUUUUACGAUAUACAAAUUUAGGCUUGUUUUCAAUAGUGUGGGUGGACCAAUUUAGUGAUGCAUGUAAAAUUUUUGAAGCUGAGUGUCCUUAUUUACAAAUUGAAUAUGGUAAAUUUUAUGGUAGGGUUAUUGAUAUUGGGUUUUUAAAUACUUGGUGGAUUUUAAGAAGCAAAAUGAUUGAUUAUGAUAUAAAUUAUUAAUAAAUUGUUAUUAUAUAUAAGUAA